GUUCAAGGAAAUGUCCCCUUUCACUUGCUGUAGCAGAACCGAUGACCUUCUAGUAGAGUACUGGAGUCUGAUGUUUUCCAAUAUCCGGGAUCGCUUCACAUAGAAAUCGGGUCCUGUUGGUACCAAGCUAAGAGACGAGAGCAAGAAGCCUGGAGAGACCAUGGUGAUCAACCUCUGUCUGCCACACUUCAGACCCUCCAUAUACUGCAAUAAGGUGUGUGCAGAUGGCUAUGAAGUGUCCAACCUGAUCUCCGAGGACCCUAGCCUCCGGAGACGAGGGUUCAGGGCAGAGUACUUCAUCCGUCCUCCUGUCCACGUCACGCUGUCCUUCCCCUUCAGCACAGAGAUCAGGAGAGUGGAUGUGAACAUGAUGACGGGGGGGACAGACAGGGGACAGACGUCUCGGGGACUGGAGAUCUUCACUUCAUCCACCUCCUGCAAGCCAGUGUCUGACAGCGCAGAGUCAGGUUCGAGCAAUAGCCCAGCCUUCUCCGAUAAAGAUAUUUUUACAUUGCUGGGGAAAGCCGUCCUGAAGGAGCACUGCCAAGCCUCCUUCAGCCACCGAGGAUACAGGCAUAGGCCUCCCUUUCACAGCGGUGAUCCUCCAGCCCUGGACUCUAGUACUGUGCAACAUCAGGAAUUCUGGAGCAAGGGCCCUGCCUCCCUGUCAAGUGUGACACACUUGAGGAUCUGUCUCUCCCACACUGGGGGCUCCUGCCCUGUGGGUCUCAGAAAGCUGGAAGUUUGGGGUCAGCCCUCGAGAUCCUGCUCACAAGAUGUGAUAGACAGAGUGUUGAAUGCUCAUCUGGAGAGCCAGAGAACUGUACCAGCCUUACUGUCUCUUCCAUUUCCUCCGGCAGCGGUUCUGCCUUUGGAAGCCAAUGGAACGUCUGAUAUUCCUGAGGAGUUUCUAGAUCCCAUCACCCAAGAAGUGAUGACUCUGCCCCUGCUGCUGCCUUCUGGGAAGGUGGUGGACCAGAGCACCAUGGAGGAGUACGAGCGGAGGGAGGCAGGCUGGGGGCGCCCCCCAAACGACCCCUUCACAGGGGUACCCUUCAGCCGACAUUCCAAGCUCCUGCCUCACCCCAGCCUGAAAGCCAGGAUUGACCGGUUUCUGCUGCAGCUUGGAGACAGGCAGGCAAUGGCAGUAGGUGUGUUGGGCAGAGCCAGCCUGUCAGAGCUGCCACGCCCGUCGAGAUUAAUACCUGUAUCGGCAGCAUCCUCCUCAGAGAAGAGGAAGGUUGAGCCUGUGGAAGAGAGUGGACUCGCUGCUUCCAAGGACUUCAGAAACCCCACAGCCUCUGAGCACCCUGAGCACAAGGUUUCCCCUCGAGACUCCACAUUUCUCCCUGUCUCUGCUGUCACAUUGGGCCGAACAGCCUCUUCUAGAUAUCCAGUGAAUGAUAAAACAUCCCGCAACCCAAGGCACUUCACUACCUCCAAUAAACUAAAGAGAUUGGCUCCCUCAAGAGACUCGGAGACCCACUCUGAGACUUCCUCAGGAGGCUGUGAGGACACUCCGUCGUCUCAAGCACUGGUUCUGCCCUGCAGAGAACCUGCUACUCCCAGUGCCUACACACACCGUGAGGCCCAGCCUGCCUCUAGAGACUGUGCCCUGGCUGCCUCUCAGGACCUGGGGCUCUCCAAUCUGGCGGCAGCAGACCCCAACAGCAGCUCUGCCUCAGAAAAGCCGUCCAAAAGACUGAGAACAGAAAGAGCUUCCAGCUUCUCACAGACUCCCAGCUCAGGCCCCUCCUCCCAUGAGCAGAGGCUAUCAGAGAGUUUGGAUGUAGCGUUGACCUCUGCACUGCGUAACCUCCCAUCAUUCACUGUACAGCUCGGAGUGGACAAGCCCAUGCCAGGAGUCUGCGAGGGGACCUCCAGCUACAGCCAGACCAGUCCAGAUCGUGGGCCGGCAAUGGCUGGUGGACACAACUGCUGCUGCUCGUGUUCGCAGACGCUGUCUGUCUACUCGCUGUCCACUGCCACCUUCCAGCUUCCCUGCGCCCACCUGCUGUGCCGACCCUGCCUGUCCCAGAGACACGCACACCAGUCAGUCCACUGUCCAUCCUGCGGGGACACUGUACCAGCCCGGGAUGUUACCCGUGUCUAUUUCUAAUAAACAAGAGACACAGAGAGGUGUCUGUCCAUCUUAUAAAGACACGGCCUCAACUGGGGACAUCACUUACGAGUGUGAAGGGGAGCCGUGUCUGUCCCCCCAGUGUUGUGCAAAUUGGUGUUUCAGCCAUGUGAGGAGAUGUUCUGUGUUGAGCUGCAUUAUAAAGCCAUGGCUUGGAAAUAAAAGGAAAAAAAAUAAAAUUCUUGCAAUACA